UCUGUGAUAUAGUGGCAUGCACGAUACGUACACCGGCCGCGGUCUAACUAAUGUCUUAUAUAGUUCCAGUAUAACCAUAUUCUAUGCCUUGCCUAAUAAGGCAUAUAUGAUAUAAAGGCCCUGUAAUGGGGCGAUUACAAUAUUUGUACGUCUGUGAACAUGUACUCCAAGGACUUCCUGUUCCUCUGUCCUUCUCAAUAUCCUCCCAUAUUGUCUUGCAUUUUGAAUUUCACAUUUCUUGGAAUUGAUUCCGUUUGCCCCUUUGUUGUCCAACGAAGUUGACCGUCCAUAUUACCCUGGUUGAAAACUUUCCCCCUCCCUGUCAAUCGCGCAGAUUUCUUUUGUCGUCAACUGUAAAUGCACAUAAAAUAAACAAGGGGUUGAGCACAACCGCGUGGAACCCCACUAACCACAAUAUUCCCGUCAUCAAGACAGCCGUCAUUCGCUAUUCUUGACAGGCAUCCCAGGUCAUUUUGCACAAGUUGAGAAAGAUCGGAGUCAAGGCAGAAAGCCCUGCUCGUGUUGGAGGUUGAAGUAGGCAGUGUAUAGUUGCGGACUAUGAUACUGGAGGCUGUGAGGAGUUUCCAAAGGAAUAGAGUUACUGUGUGGGAGAUAAUGGUCCGAUGUCCAGUCCUGUUCUAGCGGGAGGCAUAAGGAGUUGUCACACAGCUGACAAUCGGCCUCUGCUCCCUGUAAGUAAUGUUGUCAAACAGCAAGAACAUUUUCCUCGUCAGUAAAUUGAAUGAGAAUGUCUCAUUGAUCCAGGACACGCGGGGUGUUGCAAGUGCCCAGGAACUCGGGUGCAGUGGGAAUGUCCAGUCAGCAUCACGUACCAGUGCAUGGCAUCUCAUGAAACCCCGUCCAUUGACAGGUCAUGGAGCACAGCCACUGUGCUCGCCCAGCCCUCCGAUGCUUAUCGCUCUCCUUCUAUGCCUGCUGGCACUAGUAUCGACCUCCAGCGCCAGCUCAAGCUUCGUCACUCUGCUCUGGACCCUCCAUCCAGCUCGUUUUCUGCCCCUCUGCUCCGUCUGCCGCUUCGCUCCGGCCACACCAGCGUGCGCUGCGCGAUGUCGCUUUCAGUUCUCCAGCACUCUGCGCGGCUACUGCUGCGCGUCGUUUCCAGUCUCCUCCUCGCCCUGCUCUCACUCUUCCAAAAUAUCGGCGGACCCAAGAAGCCCCGGACGGUCCCGCCUGCGGUCCACCCGCUCCUUUUGCUCUCGGGAGUGGAGUCAGCGCGCAGGAUUCGGCGAAGGGAGGUAAAAUGUGUGGAUGUAAUACAAGUAUAUAUCAACAGGAUUAAGGAUGUCAAUCCCAUUGUCAAUGCUCUUGUCGCAGACAGAUUUUCAGCUGCCUUGAAAGAGGCUCAGCAGGUGGAUGAAAGACUUGCCAAAGGAAAUGAAGAUGAAAAAUCACUUGAAGAGAGUGUUCCUUACCUUGGUGUCCCUUUCACUGUCAAAGAAGCAUUUGCAUUAGAGGGUUCACCCAAUUCUUGUGGACUCGUAUGCCGAAAGAACGUAAUUUCCUCUGCAGAUGCUGUGGUUGUGGAUGCUCUUCGUAGAGCUGGUGCCAUCCCUUUAGGUGUCACAAACUGCAGUGAACUAUGUAUGUGGUAUGAAUCUAGCAACAACUUAUAUGGGACAACCAGAAACCCAUAUAAUCUGGAUUGUAUUGCGGGUGGAAGCUCAGGUGGUGAGGGGUGCAUUAUUGCUGCAGCAGGGUCAGUAAUGGGCGUGGGUUCUGAUAUUGGUGGCAGUAUUCGAAUGCCUGCCUUCUUUAAUGGAAUUUACGGACACAAACCUACUGCAGGUUUGGUACCCAAUGAUGGUCAGUUUCCAGAUGUAACGGGUUUGAGAACGAAAUUCCUGUGUAGUGGUCCCAUGUGUCGUUAUGCGGAGGAUCUCAUUCUGAUGCUCAAACUCAUGGCUGGCCCAAAGAUUUCCAAGCUAAAGCUUGAUGAAGAAGUAUGUAUGAAGAAAGUCAAAUUCUAUUCCAUGGAAAAUGAUGGGGGAUCUUCAUUUGUGUCCAAAGUGGACAAUGAACUGAUUCAAGCUCAGAGGAGGUUAAUUGAAUACCUCGAAGUUCAAUUUGGUGUUGAGGUGCAACGGGUUCAUAUUCACAAAAUGAAGUACGCUUUUGAGAUAUGGUCAGCAAUGAUGUUCUCUCCUGAGUUUGAUGCCAAGGAAUAUCAGCCCUUCAAAGAAUUGUUGGAAGAUUGUGGGAAGAAAUUUAAACCAGUGAGGGAACUUGUGAAGAAAAUUCUGGGACAGUCCUCACACACAAUUCCUGCUAUAGGUCUUGCUAUUCUGGAGGAUUUUGCCUUCACUGAGCAUAGUUUUGUUGAUCUGAUGAGCAUGUGCCAAAAUCUUGAAGCUGAGUUUAGCAAUCUUCUAAGAGAUGAUGGUGUAUUUUUGUACCCAUCUCAUCCAAAAAUUGCACCCAGACACCAUCACCCUAAGUUGAUGCCUUUUAACUUCGCAUACACAGCUAUUUUUAAUCUGCUUGGACUGCCAGUGACUCAGUGUCCCCUUGGGUUGAGCAAACAUGGACUGCCAAUCGGAAUUCAGCUUGUAGCCAAUCACCAUUGUGACCACCUUUGUCUAGGAGUGGCUCGACAUUUGGAGAGUGCCUUUGGUGGCUGGCAAAAUCCAGGAGCUCCCUGAAUAUAUUUCAAAUUAAUUUGUUCCUGCUUAAACAAUAUUUAUUAAAUAUUGCUACUCAAUAAGAGAUACAAAACCAAAUUUCAAUAUUUUCUUCUUCAAGAAAUAAUCAUGUGGUAGCAUGGUGACAUAUGCAAUUAACAUAUUUUUACAUAUAAAUUCUAAUUAAUUUUUAAAAGGAACAAGAAUGCUUAAUCAACCAAUACAUAUACACGAUCAUGCAAUAUUACUGAAAUAUUAACUACACAACAGUACUCCCUGCUUAGUUAUAAACCAGCUCAAAAGAGAAUGCUUCUCAGCUAUAUACACAGUAUAUUGUAUAAUACAGCUACUAUAUAUGGACAUUCACAGCAUAAUAAAUAUUUAAAUUGUCCCAUUCAGGCUUAAUGAAUUCAUUGCUGUGGAGGAUUUUCUACUCUUGUGGGAUAACGUCUUUCCUGACAAGUGGGAUCACUCUGCUAGGUGGGUGAGACUUGUGGCUGUGGAAACAGUCUCAGGUUCUGGAGCCUCCUCCAUGGUGGUUGUAGGAGUUGACUCUGAGACUGCAGGAAGUGGUUCAGACAGUGGUAGCACCUUUCUCCUCCUCUUCUCUCUCUGAAUCUACUUCAAUCCUUUUCUGUUCCUUUCUCAUGCUCCUUCUCUCCUUCACACUACUCUUUCUCAUUCUGAUUCUUUCUCUCCAUUUCUUCCCUCCUUUUUCUUCUUCUUGAUUGUGCAUCUUGAUCUUAGGAAGGUCCUUUAGUUUACUGGAGUGUUCUCCUAUUAAUCCUUCUAUUGUUCCCUAUACAAUCUGAUUUCAGCCCUUGGUUUCCACAUCCACAAAAUCAUCUGACAAAUACUCUGUUUUCAUAUCUCCAUUGACUCCUUUGUUUUUGGCCUUCCAUUUAUCCAGCUGAGCUUUGGUCUUUGCAUCUACCUUUACAGACAUCCCACCUCUCCCGGAAGUUCUGGAAGUUCCGGGAGUCUCCCGCAUGUCGAUAGUGGCUCCCUGACACCUGGAAAUUAUGUACAAUAUCCCAGAAAGAGAUUUUUUUGAGAGGGAGAGGGAGAGCGAGCAUCCUGAUUUGUCUCUCUUCGUGCUGAGAGUGGUCCCCAACCACGAGGCCACAAGGAGACGAUAUGAUUUGGCGAUAUGAAACGAUAUAUGUCAGCUGCACCUUUCCUCAUUCCCUGUCACGCACUGUUGAAUUUUAACGUACGUGAGGUCAUCAGUGACCCAAGGCGUGCAAAGGAAUGGGUCUGUGACCCAUUUAUGAAUGUCUUCGGUGAAUCAUCCAUGUCAGCGCGGGAAAAAAAUCAACUCCUCGAGCUUGCAGAUGACAGCGGGCUGAAAAGUAUAUUUGACUUAACAUCUCUGCCGGCAUUCUGGAUCAAAGUCAAGGCUGAGUAUCCUGAGAUAGCCACGAAAGCACUGAAAAUGUUGUUUCCAUUUCCAGCAUAUUUCUAAGAAGCGGAGUUUUCUACAAUGAAUGCAACGAAAACUAAAUUGCGGAAUAGACUGGACAUAAGGAAACCCCUUCGAAUAUCGCUGUCUCCCAUCACACCUCGAUAGGACCAUCUUGUUGCAGGAAAACAAGCCCAGGGCUCCCACUGAUUCAGCGAUAUUGGUGUGUUGCAAUGAUUUUAUAUGUUCAUACGAGGAAAAUAUGCGCUAUGUGUUUAAUAUCCAAACGUUACUUAAAAUUUUAUGAUGCUAUUGACUUAUAAGUGAUUUAUAAUUCAAUGGUCCCCAACCUCCGGGCCGCAAAGAAUACAGCAGUGGCCAG